GCUGAUCUCUUAACUUUCGGCGCGCAUGACUGAAUUUCCCAUAUUUGAACACUCUUUUAGUUUUAUCUCCACCAAAUCCUACAUCCAAAUUCAAAUCCUUGUUCAUGUUCAUGGCACAAUCCCAAACAACCCUCAACACCGAAAUCGUGCUAUGGAUGCCACCAUUCCAAUUCCUGCUCCUUCCAAUUCCCAAGCUCCCAAACGACGUGAUCAUCGAAAUUCUCACCUGGCUCCCAGUAAAAUCCCUCUUGAAAUUCAAAUGCGUCUGCACAUCAUGGCGAGCCCUAAUUUCCAGCCAACGCUUCAUCAAAGCCCACCUCGACAACUCUAAAUUAGCCCCAAAUUCAGCCCACGAUAUGAUCGCUUUCAACUGUCCAGGUAAUCUUAAGCAAUGUUCGGUUAGUUCCAUGCUGUAUGAAUCUGUUUCUCAAGUAUUCGAUUUGAGUCUUCCACUUUACUCAUUAAAAGGAUUUAAGGUGGAAGGUUCGUGUAAUGGUUUACUACUAAUGACGUUAAGUAAAAGACAAACGAUUCUGUGGAACCCAUGUACAAGAACUUACAAAAAGCUGCCUCAUUUCGGCGUGGAAAUAGCUGAGGAUUAUUAUCCUGAUUAUGAUUUAGGUUAUGAUAAAUCAAGUGAUGACUAUAAAGUGGUGGGGUUUUUCGAUAACUUUACGGAUUUGUCUGAUGUGAUAGUAGUAGUUUAUAGUUUGAAGAAUGAUGAGUGGAAAAGGAUCAAGAAUAUAAAUGGUCGUAACGUGAAGGCAGGGCGGGCUGCGUUUGCAAAUGGAAAGCUGUAUUAUUUUACUUAUCCAGAUUAUAAGUAUAGAUCCGAUUGGAAUAUUCUCUCCCUUGAUUUGGAGAAGGAGGAGGAGUAUGAGACACUGCAAAUGCCAAGCUAUGUGAAGCUUGGUGAUCAUUCAUCUUUGGCAGUGUCUGAGGGGUCGUUGUUCUUGCUCUGCACUCAUCUGACUUGUGCAGAUGUGUGGAUGUUGGAUGGUAGUAGCGUGGGAAUUGAGAAUUGGACUAAGGUCGUCACGAUGCCCUGUUGCCCUGAUGGUGGUUGGAAGUAUAACCGUACAAUGUUAUUGUAUGUGCUGAAGAAUGGUCUGGUCAUGUUCCGUGGUGCGACUUUUGUGGUGUACAAUGCAAAGGAUGGCUCCUUUAGGUAUCCUCGGAUUAGAAACACGGGUGAAUCUCUUUCUGUUGGAGUCUAUACUUAUGUUGAAAGUUUAGUUUCACCAGUGGGAAUGGGAUGAUGCUGUGAUACUGAAUGAAGAAGGUGCAUCUCUGUUUGUGAUGGUGGAACUAUGUCUUUCGUGUUGGUGUGGUGGCGAAGAAAUCUAUGAUCUAUCAUUUGAGAUUUGGUAGCUACAGCGGAUGGCCUCCUCUCAGACUAAUAAUCUUGGUUUAGUUUCUGUUUCUGUUUGCUUUUGUUGGUCAGAUUCGUGUAAUUUUAUUAAGUUGUGGGAUAGUACAUUGUGAUGGAGAUAUUGUUGGCUAGUGUGAUAGUAUGUAAUAUGUUGUAUGUAUUUACUGCUUAAAUAAAAGAAAAAGUUGACUCUUCAGCUA